AGGGACGCAAUUGAAGUGCAUAAAAGUGUAAACACGCGCGAUGUAAAAUUAGACAUGUAUAAAAGGCGCACAAAAUAAGUAACAGAAGUCGAACUGUCAAAUUGACAUCAGGUGUACAUAGUAAAGUUAAGUACUAGUGACAUUCGGAAUUAAUUAUUCGGUUAUCAUACUCAAAAUGAAGGUGACUAUUGUGUGCUGCGCAUUAGUACUAGUCUUCGCUGUUAUUGAUGCGAAGCCACGACUACCCACUACUCAAUCUGCCGACUAUAUGCAUUCAAGUGCAUUUGGAAGGACAAAACGUAAAGCGAGGCCUGAGAGAGACUUUGAACAAACUACUGACUAUUGGAAUCAAAAGGCCCAGUCUACUUUAAAUGAGAAGUUGCAACAGAAGCUCAACACGAACAAAGCCAAAAAUGUGAUCCUUUUCCUGGGUGAUGGUAUGUCAAUUCCAACCUUGGCAGCCGCUCGUGUUUACGUUGGACAAUUGACUGGAAACUCUGGAGAAGAAACCGUUCUGUCUUUUGAGGACUUCCCAAACACAGGAUUAUCCAAGACCUACUGUGUGGAUUCCCAAGUUGCUGAUUCCGCCUGCUCGGCCACUGCUUAUCUCUGCGGUGUCAAAGCCAACAUUGGUACUAUUGGUGUAAACGGCAACGUGCCCCUAGAUGACUGGGAGCAGAGCCAGAAUAAAAGUAAUCAAGUCCCUUCCAUUGCCCGUUGGUCCCAAUUAAAGAACAAACGCACUGGUGUGAUUACCACCACCAGAAUCACUCAUGCCACACCAACUGGAUCUUACGCUAGCACUGCUAAUCGUAACUGGGAAUCUGAUCAUGAUAUCUCUAAGGAUGGCGUUGAUCCAACUCUGGUUGAUGACAUUGCUGAACAACUGAUAAGAGGUGAUACUGGUAAGAAUUUCAACGUUAUCCUUGGGGGCGGCAGACAAAAGUUUUUGCCUAAGGAUGUCAAAGAUGAAGAAGGAGAUAAAGGCGAGCGUCGUGAUGGUGUCAAUCUAAUUGAAGAAUGGAAAGAAGCCAAAGCUAAUUUGAACAGCCAGUACAUCUGGAGUCGUAGUGAACUGUUGGAUGUGAAUCCAGAUACUGAUUACCUGUUAGGCUUGUUCGAAUCAUCGCACUGUAAUUAUAAUUUGGAGCGUGAUGAAGAAGAUCCUUUUACUGAGAUGGUGGAAGCUGCUAUCAAAGUCUUGUCCAAAGGCAAUGAAGGAUUCUUGCUUGCGGAAGGUGGUCGUAUCGACCACGGGCACCACGACACCAUGGCGUUGAAGGCUUUAGAUGAGACUUCCGAAUUUUCCAAAGCUAUCAAGAGGGCUGUUGAGUUGACCAACAGCGAUGAUACUUUGAUUGUGGUUACUGCAGAUCAUGCUCAUACCAUGUCUUACAGUGGAUACGCCAAUAGAGGCAAUGACAUCUUUGCAGCUGCUGGUAAUGCCGAUGAUGAUUUGCCAUACUCUACAUUGACCUACGCUAAUGGUCCAGGAUUCCGCCCAGAAGAGAAUGGCCAUAGACACGACAUAGGAUCUGAUGAUACUCAUGGUCUUGACUAUAGAUUCCCUGCAACCGCACUGGGUUCCGAAACUCAUGGUGGAGAUGAUGUAGGCAUCUUUGCCAGCGGUCCCUGGUCGCACCUGUUCAAAGGUGUGAUUGAAGAAAAUGUCAUUCCGCAUAUCAUGGCUUACGCUUCAUGCGUCGGUGAUGGUAUCACUGUUUGCGAUGACGUGUAGAGAGAUUUAGUUGUACAUACCAACAAGUAACAUGUGAUUCUAUGUAAUUUUGGAUUAAGUUUUGUUAUAUCAUAAGCAAGCGAUUAUGUUUUUAUAUAAUCUGUUAAGUAUAUUCCUUAUAAAAAUUGUUGAAAAUAUAAAUUCUACACUUAAAUAAUGAA